CCAGAUAGAACUUUGCCACAAACACAAACGUGCUGUGUGCCGCACCGCAUUGCUCAGCGACGAUAGAACACAAAUUUUCGACAAGAAAACUGUGUAUUUGGUCUUAUUUGCCAAUAAGUCGGUGGACCAUAUUGCUUUUUAGCCCACCCUUCAAGUGCGUGUAGGAAGCAUUCCAUUUUCAAGUCAAAAUGAAACUUCUCACUCACAAUGUGCUUAGUUCGAAGUGCCUGAAAGGAGUUUCAGUAGGGUAUCCUUUGAGGUUAAAUGCAACUGAUAUUAAAGUGGUUGAUGUGGAUUACAAUUCUGAAUUCGUCUCUAGAAUGAUCCCUAAAAUCAAUUAUAGUGCUUUAUAUGAUGCCGCUCAAAGUAUUGGUCAUCUCAAUGGACUACCCGACGCUGUAGUGGAUGACUUUGAAAGUAAUGAAGAUUUCCUGAAAGCCGUUCAUCAUGUCUUGUUAGAAGUUGACAUUGUCAGUGGUGAUCUUGAAUGUCCUGAAUCAGGUAGAAAGUUCCCUAUUACAAGAGGUAUACCCAACAUGCUUGUGAAUGAAAAUGAAGUUAAUGAGAUUAAUGGAUCUAAUGGAUAUAAUAACUAGAAUUUCUUUGCAAAAGUUUUGUUAUUGUUUUUACUGUUAAUUUAAUUUUGUUUAAGACUCUCAAAGUUGAGGAAAUUUGUCAGUUUUGUUUGCUCAUUAGGUAUUUCUUCUUAUUUUUCUCCAUUUCUGGUUAAGUUCUGCCUUGAUAUGUUUGAAUCGAAUUGAACGUGCAAAGUAAGAUUUCUUGUUUGAGAUUGAGAAAAUUAUACUAAAUGUUUUCACCAUCAUUUUAUUGAACUCAAACUGUAAGUAAAGAAGUUACAAUACAA